AGGGGGGAAAGUUCUGGCAGGCGGCAGAGAGCCCGGCCCUGGCAGAGGCCGCCGGGCGCUCCGGGAGCGCUGCCAGCGCCGGGGGCGGCCUGAGCCGGGGCCUGGGCACAAACAGCUCCUUCACCCAGCGCGGCGCCGAGCCGGGCCCGGGACAGGCUGCCCGGGACGCCGGCUCUUCCAGGCGGGACCGGGGCCUCCUCCUCACCAGGCGUGUCCCAUGCUUGCGAACGAGCCGCCUGAAGGAGGAGCUGAGGCCUGCCGGGGUCCCCUGUGACAGCGGCUGUCUGUGACCGCCUGUGAAUCCUGCUUUCUGCAGCGGUGCUGUGUGUGCAGAAAGGCUGAGGGGGUCCCGAGGAGCCUCUAGAGUCCUUUGUUCGGUGAGGAAAGAUCAUCCUCGCCUUUCUCCUGCACCACUUCCUAAAUGGCAGCUGAAAAAGCAGGGCUGUGUUUGUCCAUGGACUGCUGGGAGGCUCACUGGGCAUUCUGAGAGCCACACGCCAUUUCCACAGCUGCCAGUUCUGAGUGAGAAGGCACUUCUGUAAUCAGCUUGUAAAAGAGGAUGUGCUAAUUAACAGAAAGAAACGUUGCCCAGAGAGGAAGAAGACGGGUUGUAACAACCCUUGGCUGUGAUGCAGAAGGAAUGCAAUGACAGGCAACAGUUCCUGCUGCUCUUUCCCUUCUUACAGAGCAGAGACAUCAAAUUUUAAAUAGUGAAACCUCAGGGGUAGGAUCCUCUCUCCUCUGGCUCUGCAUCCUGGAGAUGGCCUCAGCCAAGGUUGCAGUGGUGGGUGCAGGAGUCAUCGGCCUGUCCACAGCACUGUGCAUCACAGAGACUUGUCCCAGCUGCUCUGUGACAGUCCUGUCAGACCAGUUCAGCCCCAACACAACGAGUGAUGUGGCAGCUGGGAUGCUCAUCCCUCAUAUCUACCCAGACACACCGCUCCAGAGGCAGAAGCAAUGGUUCAAAGAGACCUUCACCUACCUUUUUGCCAUCAGCAACUCAGCCGAGGCAUCAGAGGCUGGCAUUCACCUGGUCUCUGGCUGGCAGAUCUUUAAAAGCACCCCCAAGGAAGAGUUACCUUUCUGGUCAGAUAUUGUGCUGGGAUUUCGACCAAUGUCCAAAGCAGAACUCCAGAAGUUCCCGCAGCACCAAUUUGGUCAGGCCUUUACAACCCUGAAAUGUGACUGCUCAUCCUACCUGCUGUGGCUGGAGAAAAGGUUGAAAGCAACUGGCACCCAGAUAUACACCAGGAAAGUGGCAGACCUGUGGGAGCUGCACAGUGACUAUGACAUCAUUGUCAACUGCACAGGCAUGGGAGCACACCAGCUGGUGGGGGACAAGCAGCUCUUCCCUGUCAGGGGACAAGUGCUCAAGGUUCACGCUCCUUGGGUGACACAGUUCAUCCGGGAUGGAGAUGGCUUAACUUACAUCUACCCAGGGAUACACAGGGUGACCCUGGGGGGAACCAGGGAAAAGGGAAGCUGGAGUCUCUCCCCUGAUGCUGGCACUACUAGAGACAUCUUUGACAGAUGCUGCUCCCUUGAGCCCUCACUGCAGGGAGCUAAGGAUAUCACGGUGAAGGUGGGCCUGAGGCCAUCGAGGCAGAGUGUGAGAGUGCAGAGAGAGGUUUUGAGCAAAGGACGAGUUAAGCUCCCAGUGGUUCACAACUAUGGGCAUGGGGCAGGUGGCUUUUCAGUGCACUGGGGCACAGCCAAAGAGGCUGCUUCCCUGGUGGAAGAGUGCGUUUCUGCUCUGCAAGGGUCCUCAUCAAGAGCCAAGCUUUGAAUCCCAAAGGCUCCUUUUCCAUUUACAGCCAGUGCUGCAUCUCCUAGUAGCAGCUUGGGCUUUAAGUCCAUUACUGUAUAGAAGGGAACUAACUCAACAUCUUGUUCCAGUGCAGAUACUCAGUGGUAUCUUUAACCACCUCGGAAAGGCAUGAUGUUUUGAUCAUGUUUUGAUUAUUUGCCCAGCUGAUCAUCUCCUCUACCUGCCCUGGGUAUUUGUCCUAGUCUCAUGUGGAAAAGACUAGAUACAUAAAUACUCUUCACAUAACGGGGAUCAGGUUGCUGCAGUAUAAUACAAAUAACAUCAAUUUAGCAUUUCUGCACCUGCAUCUAAAGGGUGUCAGAUGCAGUAGGCUCAGAUUCAGUAAAAAUAGGUUGUCUCCACUUGUACCAAAUCUAAUCUAGAAUUGCCUUUGUUUCUGCCACCUUGCUAACAAAUUUUAUCAUUGUCUAUAUGAUUUAAAAGGAAAAGAAAACCCCAUGCAGUGCCACAUUACAGUGCUCCAGGUCAGCUCUUACAGAAAGCAGCAUUAGGUCACUGUCACACACAGUAACCAGGCAAAUGUGAUUUUAAGAGCAGGUCUGUGAUACCCAUCACAGCAUUUGCUCAUAUUGCACCUCAGGGAACUUAAAGUUUCUGCUAAUAUUGCCCCACAUGAGCUACAGUUUUGUAUGUCUUUUCUCAUGCUUGUUUUUUCCUUCAAGGCCUUCAGAUUUUGCUCUCAGACACCAAUGAUUUCCCCCCAGCCCCUCCCCUCCUCCCCCACACUGCAACAUUCAUAUGGCCUUUGUUAUACUGAAGAGGAUUUUUCAGAGUGGGCUGGGGAAUGCAACAUCCCUUUUCUACUUCACAACAACACUGUCUGCUUUCCUUGCAACAGCUGAUAUGAAUAAAUUGGAGACAAACCAACAAGGAUUCUAACACCAGCAUCAGUUUCGUAGAAGAGCUAUUUAAGACUAGAUAAACACUCUGAGGAAAAAUUUGUCUGUAACUGGACAAGAGCAAGCUCCUCUGCUGUAAGAAAGCUGAGUCCUCUGCUGGCUCCAUGGCAGAGGCUCUGUUGGGCUUUACACUCCCCUCAGCAAUUCAAACCCUUUGAUGUGUCUGAAGAUAAUCACUCCCCAAAACUGAAUCUUACCAUCAAAGCACAGGUCUGACUCUUAGUGAUUAAAGACUCAUUAAAUCUUUAAUGGCUCACUUGAGAGUGUUAUCAUCCAUUUGUCUAGCUUUUUUGUCCAUAGAAUUACAAAACCAUUCAAAAUCCUUCAAUAAUUCCAGUGAUUAAAAUUAACUGAUAAAUAAAGUUCUAAUAAUGGA